GGGGGGGGUAGAACACGUGGGCACACACGGCCCGGCAGCGGUCGCUGGGAGCUGGGGUCGCCCGGAGAACCGCCCACGGUCCCCGCCCGUCCGACUCCUCGGCCCCGGCCGUCAGGCCGGUUCACCUUCGGCCGGCGCCGGGCCGUGAGGUGGCUCUCCGGCUGGGUCUGAUCACCUCCCAACAGUACGUACCUGCGGCCCGAGCCCACGUCCUACCGGACGCCUAGGGGCUACCCCGAGCUUCCUGCAGUCCCUGAGUACCCGCGAUCCUGGGGGUUUCCCACUGGCACUGCCACUCCGAGAGCCCGGCCCCUGGCUUUUAAGGCCCGAUCAGACCUCCAGCUCUGGGGGUCUCAGGCGACUGCGAUACAGGAGUCCCCACGAGGGUACCCUCUCUUCUUCAGUAGGACGCUACGGGGUCCCUCAGUCUUCCCCUGUCUUUCCUUCUCCUUAGGUUUAUAUCCACCUCGUUCGAACCCCCUGCAUAACCAUGUCCAUCCUGUAUGUCUCCCCUCAUCCCGAUGCCUUCCCCAGCCUCCGUGCCCUUAUAGCUGCGCGUUAUGGGGAGGCUGGGGAGGGACCGGGCUGGGGAGGAGCCCACCCCCGCAUCUGUCUCCAGCCACCCCCUACCAGCAGGACUCCCUUUCCCCCACCCCGCCUGCCCGCCCUGGAGCAGGGGCCCGGCGGGCUCUGGGUGUGGGGGGCCACCGCUGUGGCCCAGCUGCUGUGGCCAGCAGGCCUAGGAGGCCCUGGCGGUAGCCGGGCCGCCGUCCUGGUCCAACAGUGGGUCAGUUACGCCGACACGGAGCUAAUACCAGCUGCCUGUGGAGCAACGCUGCCGGCCUUGGGACUCCGAAGCUCUGCCCAGGACCCCCAGGCUGCCCUGGCAGCCCUGGGGAGGGCUCUGAGCCCCUUGGAAGAGUGGCUUCGGCUGCACACCUACCUGGCUGGGGAGGCCCCCACUCUGGCUGACCUGGCGGCUGUCACAGCCUUGCUGCUGCCUUUCCGUUAUGUCCUGGACCCCUCUGCGCGCCGGAUCUGGGGUAAUGUGACUCGCUGGUUUAUCACCUGUGUCCAGCAGCCAGAAUUCCGGGCAGUGCUGGGAGAGGUGGUUCUGCACUCAGGGAGCAGACCGCUCUCCCAACAGCCAGGCCCUGAGGUCCCUGCACCCCCAAAGACGGCUACACAACUCAAGAAAGAGGCAAAGAAACGGGAGAAGCUAGAGAAAUUCCAACAGAAGCAGAAGAGCCAACAGCAGCAGCCACCCUCAGGGGAGCAGAAGAAACCAAAACCAGAGAAGAGGGGGAAAAGGGAUCCCGGGGUCGUUACCUACGACCUCUCAACCCCAUCUGGGGAAAAGAAAGAUGUCAGCGGCACCAUGCCUGACUCCUACAGCCCUCAGUACGUGGAAGCUGCCUGGUAUCCUUGGUGGGAGCAGCAGGGCUUCUUCAAGCCAGAGUAUGGGCGUGCCAGCGUGUCAGCACCAAAUCCCCGGGGAAUCUUCAUGAUGUGCAUCCCACCCCCUAAUGUGACAGGCUCCCUGCACCUGGGCCACGCACUCACCAAUGCCAUCCAGGACUCCCUGACCCGAUGGCACCGCAUGCGAGGGGAGACCACCCUGUGGAACCCUGGCUGUGACCACGCAGGCAUUGCCACCCAGGUGGUUGUGGAAAAGAAACUCUGGCGCGAGCGGGGGCUGAGCCGGCAUCAGCUGGGCCGAGAGGCUUUCUUACAGGAGGUCUGGAAGUGGAAAGAGGAGAAGGGUGACCGGAUUUACCACCAGCUAAAGAAGCUUGGCAGCUCCUUGGACUGGAAUCGAGCCUGUUUCACCAUGGACCCUAAACUCUCAGCAGCUGUGACAGAGGCCUUUGUCCGGCUCCACGAGGAAGGAGUCAUCUACCGCAGUACCCGCCUGGUCAACUGGUCCUGCACCCUCAACUCCGCCAUCUCUGACAUCGAGGUGGAUAAGAAGGAGCUGACAGGUCGCACUCUGCUCUCCGUGCCCGGCUACAAGGAGAAGGUGGAGUUUGGGGUCCUUGUCUCCUUUGCCUACAAGGUCCAAGGCUCAGACAGUGAUGAGGAGGUGGUAGUGGCGACAACUCGGAUUGAAACAAUGCUGGGAGACGUGGCCGUAGCUGUUCACCCCGAAGACCCAAGAUACCAGCACCUGAAGGGGAGGAGCGUGAUUCACCCGUUCUCGUCUCAGAGCCUCCCCAUCGUCUUUGACGAUUUUGUGGACAUGGAAUUUGGCACAGGUGCGGUGAAGAUCACCCCUGCACAUGACCAGAACGACUAUGAAGUUGGGCAGCGGCACGGGCUGGAGGCCAUCAGCAUCAUGGACUCCCGCGGGGCCCUCAUCAACGUGCCCCCACCUUUCCUGGGCCUACCGAGGUUUGAGGCCAGGAAGGCGGUGCUGGUGGCACUGAAGGAGCGGGGACUGUUCCGAGGCAUUGAGGACAACCCUAUGGUGGUGCCGCUUUGCAACCGGUCCAAGGACGUGGUGGAGCCUCUCCUGCGGCCACAGUGGUACGUGCGCUGUGGGGAGAUGGCCCAGGCCGCCAGUGCUGCUGUGACACGGGGUGACCUCCGCAUCCUGCCUGAGGCCCAUCAACGGACAUGGCAUGCCUGGAUGGACAACAUCCGGGACUGGUGCAUCUCCCGGCAGCUGUGGUGGGGCCAUCGCGUCCCCGCCUACUUCAUCACAGUCAGUGACCCAGCCGUGCCCCCAGGGGAGGUGAGAACUGCGCCAGAGCUGGACACUGGCACAUCUCAGAGAACUGACCCCAAUGGGCGGUACUGGGUGAGUGGGCGCAGCGAGGCUGAGGCCCGGGAGAAGGCAGCCAAGGAAUUUGGAGUCUCCCCUGACAAGAUUAGUCUCCAGCAAGAUGAGGAUGUAUUGGACACUUGGUUCUCCUCUGGCCUCUUCCCCUUCUCCAUCCUGGGCUGGCCGAACCAGUCAGAAGAUCUGAAUGUGUUCUACCCGGGGACGCUGCUGGAGACGGGCCAUGACAUCCUCUUCUUCUGGGUGGCCAGGAUGGUCAUGCUUGGCCUGAAGCUCACUGGCAAGCUGCCCUUCCGAGAGGUCUACCUCCACGCCAUCGUGCGAGAUGCCCACGGCCGAAAGAUGAGCAAGUCUCUAGGCAACGUCAUUGACCCCCUGGACGUCAUCCAUGGAGUCUCCCUGCAGGGCCUCCACGACCAGUUACUGAACAGCAACCUGGAUCCCAGUGAGGUGGAGAAGGCUAAAGAAGGGCAGAAAGCAGACUUCCCGACGGGGAUUCCCGAGUGUGGCACCGAUGCCCUCCGGUUUGGACUGUGUGCCUACACAUCCCAGGGUCGUGACAUCAACCUGGAUGUGAACCGGAUAUUGGGAUACCGCCACUUCUGCAAUAAGCUCUGGAACGCCACCAAGUUUGCCCUGCGUGGCCUUGGGAAGGGUUUUGUGCCGUCACCCACCUCUGAGCCUGGAGGCCAUGAGAGCCUGGUGGACCGCUGGAUCCGCAGCCGGCUGACUGAGGCUGUGAGGCUUAGCAACCAAGGUUUUCAGGCCUAUGAUUUCCCAGCUGUCACCACUGCCCAGUACAGCUUCUGGCUCUAUGAGCUCUGUGAUGUCUACCUGGAGUGCCUGAAGCCCGUGCUGAAUGGGGUGGACCAGGUGGUGGCCGAGUGUGCUCGCCAGACCCUCUACACCUGCCUGGACGUUGGCCUGCGGCUGCUCUCACCCUUCAUGCCCUUCGUGACCGAGGAGCUGUUCCAAAGGCUGCCCCGGCGGACACUGCGGGCUCCGCCUAGCCUCUGUAUUACCCCCUAUCCGGAGCCCUCAGAGUGCUCCUGGAAGGACCCUGAGGCAGAAGCUGCCAUGGAACUGGCCCUAAGCAUCACACGAGCUGUGCGUUCCCUGCGUGCUGACUACAAUCUCACCCGGAUCCGGCCUGACUGUUUCCUGGAAGUGGCUGAUGAGGCCACGGGCGCGCUGGCGUCGGCAGUGUCGGGCUAUGUGCAGGCCCUGGCCAGCGCGGGUGUGGUGGCUGUGCUGGCCCUGGGGGCUCCGGUCCCACAGGGCUGUGCCGUGGCCCUGGCCUCUGACCGCUGCUCCGUCCACCUGCAGCUGCAGGGACUGGUGGACCCGGCCCGGGAGCUGGGCAAGCUGCAGGCUAAGCGUGGUGAGGCACAGCGGCAGGCACAGCGUCUGCGGGAGCGCCGUGCUGCCUCGAGCUACCCUACGAAGGUGCCCCUUGAAGUCCAGGAGGCAGACAAAGUCAAGCCAGAGCCCUCGUGCCCCGCCCGGUGCCUGGAACAUCCUGAGUGCCUGGUGCUGGUCUCGGGACCACUUGACACCAGGAAGCCCGGCGGGCUCACCGGGGAUCUCUCCGCGGAGGAGCAGCGGAAUGAACCACGUGGACGCAGAGAGAAAUGAGUGGAAGCUGACUUCAACAGACAGAAGCAGAGCUCAGGAAGGUGGACGAGGCCAUUGCGCUAUUUCAGAAGAUGCUGUGACACACCCGACUCCAGCCCGCA